CCACGCGACACUUCUCCUAUUGCGCACGUGGAGUCACAGAACGUUCGCUCACCCAAUCCAAGUAAGGUGCAAUAGACACCGCUACCAUGGCAGACCUUUCGAACCACCGACUCUUCCGCUUCCCAAAGCCGCAAUGGCUGAACAGCGCCAACACGCGGACAGCAGGCGUCUACUUCGCCGGAGCGCUGUUCUCAAUCGCCCUCUUCGUCCUCAUCGACGCCGCAACUUUCUCCAAGUCCCACCUCAACGGGUCCGACUUCCACAUGAACGGCGUGGACUGGAUUCCUGCUAUCUUCUCGGCGCUCGGGAUGCUGAUCAUCAAUAUGAUUGACAAGUCUCGCCUGAGCGCAGACAGCUUCUCAUACAGCGGCGACGGCGUCGCCUGGAAAGCGAGAGUGGUGCUGUUCCUCGGCUUUGCGGCCAUGGCUGGUGGGCUUGCAGGCAGUGUUACGGUUCUGGUGUUGAAAUACGUGGUGCAGGAAGCGGCCUGGCCUGCUUUGUGGUUCGGCGUCGCGAACGUGGUUGCCAACGCGUUGGUUAUGCUGAGCUCGGUUGUGUUAUGGGUCAGCCAGAAUAUGGAGGACGACUACACCUAUAAUUUGGCGCUGUAAUAAU